AUGACGCGGAAGCCGGAAGACGCGUUCCGGGCGGUUCAGAGCGCACUCUACGGCAACGACGUUUUGAAGGCGAUCGCGAAGUACGCGACGCUUUUCGCACUCGUCGCCGGUUUGUUUUGCACCCAAAUAUGGCUUCUGUGACAAAAAAUACACGGAGCGCAUUCUCUGAAUAAUUGAGAAUGUCUUUGAUAAAGUUGGGCAUGUUUUUAAAUAAAUUGGCUGAAAUUUGAGCAACAGCGUGGAAAACGGUGGUUUUCGAAGGCAACUGUAUUUUUCGGCUCUCGAUGAAAACCAGAAGGCAAAUUGGCUGAAAUUUGAAUAAUUGUAACCAAUACCAUUGAGAAAUGUGUUUUUUUUUAAAUAAAAAUGUGUGAAAAACUAGGGACCGUCACAAGUUUCAGCCCAAAACGUGAAUUCGUUCGGUUUCAGACAAGAAUCUGGACGAGAAGUUGACGGAAGCGGCGGAAAACGUGGCCGACGGGAUCCGCAACUCGACGCCCGUCGUACAGAAACUGGCCACCGACGCGGUACGAAACUCUUUCUCGGAAAUGGGAUUUCCUGCGGUUUUCAGGUCGUCAAACUAGGUCUUCCGCCCGGAAUUCUGCUCCUGAAGCAGUCGAAUCGGAUCGAUGAGACGGGCCUUCCGCUCGAGAGAGUGCUCUUGCUCAACGACGGAUACCGCAGAUAUCUCGCUAAGAAAGAUUGUGCGUUUGGGUGCUCGUUUCGAUCGGAACGAUAAUUUACACGAUCAGUCGGAUUGGAUCAGAGCGGCGGGGGUCCAAACUUAGCAGGCUUCUUCGGCUUGACUGAUUGCUUUUGCCCCGAGAUAUAGUGAUUCAGAGCUGAACAGCCCGGGCUUUUCGCGAAAACCAUGGGCCCUAGAUCGGUCUGAAACUUGAACCCAAAUUAUUUCAAUCCAAUUCCAAGAAGUUCUCUCGAUAAGCCCGAGCCAGCCAAUUCAAUUGCCUAACCCUGCUUUACGCGGCUCCCCUCGUUUGUGAUGCUUUGAAAAACUUCAUUUUUGCAACUCUUACGGUUCGCAACUAUCAAGUGACGUAUAAGUUGCGAAAUGUCAGAGCUGCGAAACGUUCGGUUGCAAAAACAAAUAGUAUCCAGCCCUAUAUCAUCCGCUUCUCAGGCAUAUUCCACGUGAUGGCGUUCGGUCUGAACGUGAGCAGUCGGCUGGGACUGACGGAUGACGCCGACGGACGACUGGUCCGGUUCGUCGGAAACCCGACUCCGAUCCACUUUCCGUCGAAGCCCUACCAAAUACUCAUGUCGAAGAACCACACGAUAGUCCGCUGCAUAGACAACACGGUCUACGGGUGCGGAAAGGCAGUGCACUUCCAGAUGGGCGCGCCCGAGGAUCACAUGGAAACGCAGUUUGUCAAGGUUGACACGCGGGGAAAGGUAAGAGCGGGAAAGCGCAAUUCUUUCGAAUGUACCAUUUUGCAGGCGGUCUACGACAUUCUCAUCGGCGACACGUACACCAUAUUCCGGCUGGGCGUUCCCAAUAAUCCGGCGAUCACGGACCUCUUCCGCACGCCCGAAAUGGCCUCGCUGCCGCCGAUGCCGUGGCUGCCCGAAGUGUCCGAUUCGGAGUUCGUCGGCCGAUUCGUGGAGCUCGUGGUCGGCGAGUGUUCCGAGUACACGCGACGGCACCACCUCGAACAGGGAAUGAACUGGGCCAUCUACCCGUUCGACACCCUUCCGUACCCUAGAAAAGAGAUGGUCUUGAAGAAUGUGGGCAGGAACGGUCAGGAGGUGAGAGAAGCACGUAUUUUGCAACUGACGUUGAUCACAAAAAUGCAAUUGGAGACGAAAAUGAGAAAAGCGAAGUGCUGAGUAACAUGCUGAUAAGGCUUUUUAGAUAGUGAGCGCCAGUGUGAUUUAGCAACAAAGCAAAUUUUAUAACGAGAAUGUGUGUUGCGAGUCGGAAACUCAUCAACAACUCUUAUCAGUCGUUCCGUCUGCAGGUGGUCGUAAACGGCGUUUUGUGGAAAUUCGACGCUGAACCGGAAUGGGCCUACCGUCCAGUGCUCAUCUUUCUCGAUGGAGUCCGUCGCGACGAGGUCCUCACGCCGCAGAACUCGCAAAUAUGUGAAAAUGGUAUGUUGGAUUGGAUCAUAGUGGUACCACGGGCCUUUGAAUGACAUCCUUCCGAGUUAACUUUUUUUCAUUCAAAUUGAGGGUUCGAAAUGUGAAUAUCUAUGAGUUCUAUUAAGAAAAAGUACGCUUUAUAUAAUCAUUUACUAGUUUAGAGCCGUGAAUUAUUUCCCGAAUACUUGACGGCGUCUUACACAUUACUUGAAUGAAAUAUGAAUAUUUUUUUUGAUAGACAAGGGUAGAAUUUUUUGAGAUCUACAAUUUGCACUUCACUCCCAACCUUUAUGAUAGUGUUGUUUCCGAGGAAAGUUGGCAAAAGGCCCGAUGACAAGUAUGGAUAGGAUUGUGUCCAUGUUCCAUUUCAAUCAGAUCUCCAAUUUCAGGUAGUGUCUGGCUCAAAGACAGGCAGACUCUGUACCGCGGAAAAGUACAAUUGGCGGACGUGAAGAGUGUCGAAGAAAAAUAUUAUUUGGUCGCCGUUCUGGCCGAAGUCCCGCUGCCCUACAAAAUUCCGAAUUUGACGGUGACCGACGACGGACUCAGUGCGAUUAUUUAUGUAAAUUAUCUAUGUUAAACUAAAGGAGUGUCUCACGGCGCUGCAAUCUAGUCAUUUCUGACUUUACCCGGACUGUAAAAGGUUGUCAGGUUGCCCCAAGUGCCUCUAUUUCUUCUAUGGGAUAUGUAUGAUCUUCUAGUUUUGUCUUAGUUGGAUACACGAAAACACUUGGUACGAGCCCGAGAGUCGGAAAUGUCCAGAUUGCUGGAAUGUCCUUAAGGGACAGUAUGUGCCAUUCUCUAGGCCACGCCCCUUUCUUAUGUGUAAAUUGUCGAAUUAUUUCAGCCGAACUACUUUUCCGAUCCGACGUUGCAGCACACGAUUCUGAAGCAGAUGAUUCCGAUGCUCCGUUACCAAGACACACAGUUUCCGAAAAUCGCCGGAUUCAUUGCGAACAACCUGACGGAAUUGGGGCAGAAAACGGAGAAACUGCUGGAAAUUGUGAAGAAGAGCGGCGGAUUCGCGUACAACUGCACAGGUAGGUAGCGGCAAUUGUGCAAAAAGUGACUGUUCGACUGACACUGUUUUCAGAGCCGUUUUCAGGACACAUCAACGCCGACAGCUCGCUCUAUCUGCUGGCGCCCCUCGCCGAGUACUGGCGUAAAGCGUGAGUUGUGCACAAAGACGACAGUUUAAAUUUGUUCACCGGAAAUCUUGAAGCCAUGUUGUGCGCUUCGGAAUACAUAUAUAUCAGUGUAGCAAAUUGGGCCGUUUCUAAUCGAUCUAUCACCUUGGAUUUUGCUCACGUUUCGACUAAAUGCUGUCGAAUCAAUGAUUUGUACCAAAACUUUACGACCCCGAUGCUCGGCCACAGGUAUCCAAACGGCUUGGGACGGAGGCGGUCCCGUCUCGUGGUACCAAAGGAAGUGUUGCACGGAGUGGGGAUCAUUUGUGUUUCCUGGUUCACGGUACCUAGUGCAGCAUCUCCCCCGUCUCGUGGUUCCUUUCGCCCGCGUCCCAACUGUUUGGAUAUCUGGCUCGGCCAUUCUGUCGUUUCCCCAAUGAACCCAUUUUGCAGUCCUGGCGACGACGCUCCGAUCGUGAUCCGGCAGCUGGAGGCCCUUCCGCUUCGAUCAUCGUAUGCCACGUGGCAGGGCGUCGCCAACGCGCGCUGGGAAUUCAGUCUCGACUACGCGCGCCCGCCGAUAAUAUCGGUGCGGGAGGUGUCCGCAGAGGACGACGUCAAAUUCCUGAUGGCCCAAUUCAAGCAGGAGUCGGGCAUUGAAUACACGGGAAAGCCCGACAAGAUCAAAACGUGAGCACUUUUCCCUUGUUGUCUUCAAGUGAGAUUUUGACGUUUUCAGCGUUCUUUUCUCGCUGAGAACCAUGAUCAAAAUGGUCGAGAAACUGCAAGUGGUGGCCGAAGAAGCCGCCGAUAUUCUGAGUCGGUUCCCCGAUCACAAGUACCGCGUCGCCUUCGCUCAGUGAGUCGGCACACCUAUUCAUGGAUAUGAUUUGUGGAAAUGUUCUUCGAAAAGUGCCAAUUUUCCGCCACGUCUACUCCAUUUUACGAAAAUAACGAAAAUUGCAUCGUUUUCUGAAAACGUUGGAAGAAAAAUUUUGGCACUAUGAUUUCGACCAAUUUGCUCGAUUUUAGGUACCUGGACAGUCUGUCGAUAGUGAUCGAGAGCUUCCGCACGCCCACAGUGAUCUUCCGUGCGCACCGCGAGAGCCGAGUCCACGCGCCCAACCUGGUCCGUCCGUUCUACCGUACUCCGACUGUCGGCGGCGGCCAUCCGGACGCAGUCGGAGUCUGUCGACCGCUGGACGUCCUCAUCAAAGCAACCGGGAUCGUGAGCGAGCCGGACCGAAAAGCACACUAUUUCCCGCUGAAAACGCGUAUGAAUCGAGAGUAUUUAAAGUAUUUCUGUCCCGAAUUGGACGAGCACAUUGACGAGCACGGAGUCGUGAAUCUCAACGCGGUUGGGCGCCGAAUUUGAUAUUUUUUGAGCCGAAUACUGAAUUUGCAGGUUUGCGAACAGGAUCAGGAGCUCUGGCGAUUCCGUGCCCUCCUCAAUCGCAUCUUUUUCGACCAUCCGGCGCAAUUCCAUUUUCUGGAAGUUCGGUCAGACUUUUCUCGGCUUUUUUCACAGUGCAAAUGCAAUAUUUGCGCUUUAUUAGAAAUGGCUUAAAGUUUGCGCAAUUUCACAGGAGCAUUGCCGAGUAGAUUCUCCGGGAACGUUUUCUUUUUGAUUUCAGCAAGAACAUUCCGGACGGCGACAGUCUUCCGAACGAUCAAGUGUACACGAUCGAGACAGAGGACGAGUGCCGCGUGCGCAUCUCAAAAUGGCUCUUCUCGACCUUCUUCCUCUUUGACCAAUCGCGCCGCAGUUUCGCGGAGAUGCAGGGGGAAACGCCGCCGGACGAGUUCAAACUGUGUGUCGACUCGCUCGUGCUGAAGCUGGCGAUGGAGGCGCUCGUCGACAUGAACAUCCUCUGGGAACUCGACAUGGAACUCAAACUCGCCGUCUUCUACUUCUUCCACGAACACGCCGCGCCGAUUCCCAUCGACGAUCUCAUGAAAAUUAUCAUUUGUACUGGUGAGUGGCGCACAUUUUGCUGAGAAAACUCGGCCACGUGUUUUUUAACUUGUGAAGCUGCAACUUCUCACAAAAACCUAUGAUUUCAGCCGAGGAAAAAGACGCGGACGUGCUGCGAAAGCUUCUGGAACGGGAGAAGGAGCGAACGGAGGAACUGAUUCUCGAGAAUCGGCCGGCGAUGAUCACCGUCUGGAAGGAGUCCAUUCUCGAGAUCUGCAAGAUUGAAUCGUGCGUUUUUUUUUGUUAUUUCUUGCCUCCUCGGUAUUUCAAGCCUACUUUCAGAAAUGGGGGGCUUGAGUCUGCAAACACCGAGGGGCAAUAGCGAUGAAUUGAGCUUAAGUAAAAAGUCCUUUCAGACUCGUCACGCGUCUUCUGGAGCAAAAGAAGGCGAUCGACGAACACGUCUCGCUGAUAAUCUCGAAUCCGUACUUCGCCGGCGGACCGCCCGAGAAGCCGAUCCCCGUGGAGCUGACCGUCGAGUGGGUGCGGGAGACGUUCCACGAAAGAGAAGACGUCGACGUGCCGAUUCCGGAGACGACGCGCCAGAAGAUCAACGACUUCAUCGCGUACGCGGCAAAAAAGGCCUUCUCGGCGGUCGUCCGUCGGUUCCCGAAGCAAAGAGUUUGUCCGCCGCCUUUCAUGAACGAUUUUCAGCUGGUCGACAAUAUCAAAAGAGGUUCGGAACUCGAUUUUUCGAAAAUAUUGUCUCAAUUACGGUUUCCAGGUCCCAUAAAUUUGAAUUUUUCAUUCAUUUCUUACGGCGAGAGUUCAUAGAACUUUUUUAUAGUGUCAGGGAGCACAUAUUCGUGAUGAAACUAUGAAUCACUUCACAGGGUUUCAUCAAAAGAUAUUUACUGACAUUCAGAUUUGUUUCCCCGAUAACUACGCUCAAUUUAGCGCUCUUGCUCCCUCGGUGUUUGCAGACUCAAGCCUAAUUUCAGAAAUUUUGGCUAGAAUCUGCAAACACCGAAGGGGCAAUAGCGAUGAUUUGAGUUCAACUGUAGUUUGAAAACAAAGUUUUGGGACCCGGAAUUCGGAAUUGAACCAAAAAGUUGCUCAACAUUUGUUUUCAGAGAGAAUUGCGGCGUUGGACUUGUGA